CAUGUGAUUUAUAUGGUGCUAACCGACCACUAACUUUCACGUCGCUCUCCAUCGCUCUGAUCUCGUCCUCGUUGAACCCUACCACAGUUCGCCCUAUACGAGCAGAAGCCCUCCUUCUACCCCGGAUUUACAACCCUACUUUGAUAACAGACGAACAAAUGAUAACCGCCGAGAUCGAGGGUCUCGAUCCUCACCCUUCUGAGGAGGCAAACGCACCUCAGUCACCGCGCGGCGAGAAACGCGGUCAUGAUGAGAACAUGUUCCAGAUGAACGAUGCUGAGCAGCUCCGGUUUAUCGCUGAUCAGCUGGAGUCUGUCCAGGGCCAUGACGGCGCCGCGUUUGAUGACCUCGGUGCUCUUGAUCACCAUGAUCACCAUGAACCACAACACCAACAACACCAUCAACAGCACUACCAGCUACAAACGGUGUUUGACUAUCCUCUCGACGAGCUCACAGGCUCCAAUGAUCCUUCAAUGCAGCUCAAAAUGCAGAGCAUGCCGAUUUUAGAUAAUCUCUCUAACCAAAUCCUUGCUACUCUUGGGCGCGGGGCAUAUGAAAGCGCGUAUACUGUUGUUACUCAGCCCGAGAGCGAUCAGGGCCAAGCUUUCCGGACUUUAAAUUCUCUGUUUGAACAAACAAAACGACUCUAUACUACUGAUUUCUUCUUGUCCGCCACCGCUUUGGGCCUCUCAAAAUCUCCACGCUAUUGCUCCACUAUCCGCAAAGCCAAUCUCGCUACUUUUGUUACUGCAGUCUACGGUAUCUGCCCUGCCGGCUUCUUCCAUCUCGAUAAAUAUUUCAUCGACUCUUUUGUGCCCGAGAACAGUCGCCUGCUCAAGGUACAGGGCGCUCUCUACCUUGAUCUGAAGACCCAGUCUUUUAUUUCGGGCUUGGGUCAGAAGGAACGUACGAGGGAGCAGCUUCUUGAUGAUCUAUUUCCUGAUGAAUUAGAGCGGAUCUUUCUAGAUCGGAGACCGGGUGCGGGCAAAGUCUUGAGCGCGGGCGAGCUUGAUUUUAUUGCCCGGUGUAAGAGCAGGAAAGAGAUCUUGGCUAACCCUGCAGACGAUGAGGCGCUGUCUGAAAAAUAUCCCUGGACUAAUUUCGUGCGGGAUAUCAAUGACUAUGUGGCGAAAAACUAUGCUUCGAUAAUCGCGCUUCCUGGACCAUCUAGCAAGAAGCAGAAGCGGUUAGGUAGUAUGUCGCUGGGGUCGGACGGAACAGUCUCGGGUGGAGCUCCGGAUAUGGAUUCAGUGGAUGUCAACCCGUAUGGCGAAGAAGCUGCAGUUGUGCAUGCUGAGCCAGUCAUACCGAAUCUCUCAUCGAUGCAACAUCAUGUGGACGCAGAUAUACCUGUAGAUCCAAGCAUGCAUCUGGGCUCGUCGGUGGGGCAGGCAGGUUCCGUGAAUGUCAAUGGCAGCGGGGAAGGAAUACUAAGCGCGGAAGAGGCUUAUGCGGCUGCGAACGAGAUUAUAUCCGGAACCCGCGUCCAUGAUGGUGAGCAUUCAGAGGGUAUUUUGGCGUCAACUGGGAACGGACAAAGGUCAAAGCCGCCCCGAAACCGGGCGUCUAAUGGAGGUGCAAACAAGCGGCGGCCAUGGUCGAAGGAGGAAGAGACAGCGCUACUGGAGGGUUUGGAGAAGGUACAGGGGCCAAAAUGGAGCGCAAUUUUGGAGAUGUACGGGCCGGGAGGUACUGUGAGUGAGGUUUUGAAAGAUAGAAACCAGGUGCAGUUGAAGGACAAGGCGCGCAAUAUGAAGCUGUACUGUUUGAAGAAUGGGAUGGAGGUCCCGUUAUAUUUAUCGUUUGUCACGGGAGAGCUGAAGGACCGUCACAGGAAGAGCGGGAGGACUGAUGACGACUGAAUGACUGUGUGGAUGUAUUUUUAUUAUCGUGAUUGUACAAUAGUUGGAUUUAUAGAGUUAUGUGGAUCAACAAACAAGCAGCCGUCCGUAUAUGAGCCAGGAUGUUUGUAAUUGCCGAAACUGGUAUUUAGGGGGUUAGGGUGUUGAC